AUGCCGCUCACCGUGCAUACUCGUCAUACUCAUGCCAAGCUCCCGAUUAGCUUAUGGACGACCAUCUCCCUCAUCGUCGCCCUCUGUUACCUGCAGAUCGUCUACACGGUCUCGUUCCUGGCGCGCCCCUUCUGGAGCUCGCACCAGGACUUCCCGCCCUUCAAGCAAACCCUCGAGAGGGCAGAGAACUUUGCCGUCGACAUCAUCCUGGACAUCGUCACUUCUUCGCAGUACCGUUCGCCCGCACCAACGAACCUUGUCCACGAUGAUCCCAUCGGCCAGCGCAUUACAACUGCACUCCAUGCCCCUCGGACUGUUCUAGAGACACCCCCGUACGUGGUGUCAGGAGGAUCAGGAAAUGUGAUUCCACCUUACAUGCCGCAAUGCUAUCCCGAACCACGAGGCCUGCAGAUGUCGCCAAAACCCAAAGAGACUCAGAUGGAGACGUUACGAUCCGAACACAUUGAACGGUACAAGAAGAUCAAUGACUCGGGGGUCUCCGUCUAUGGUACUGCGCGGAAAGUCUCCUCAUCGACUCGACCGAAGUUAUCGACCUCCAUGGAGAUGCACCAGCAGUAUACAAGCCAGCCAACAGAGCCAGCACUUGGGCCUGAACCGGGGCUCGGCACAAGCGUACAGUCUUCCCAGCGCACCACAAAUACCGUAACAAAGCAAGAAGAGUACCAAGAGGAACAGACUAUCGUGCACAUCGAGGAGAUUACGCAGCCUGCAGAUCCGGCCCCGGAUAUCUCUCCGCCCAUCACGCCUGUCAUGGACAUGCCCAAGCCGCCAAUGUCGCCGAGCAAAUCUCCUGCGGUCUCGUUCGAUGGGCCUACUGAACCUGCGCCUGAACUGGAAAUGCAUUCUCCUUCGUCGCAGUAUUCGGGUUCCCACUACACGGAUGAUACUGGCUCUGUGCCUUUGAACAUCAGUCGCGCGGCCAAGUCGCAUUCCACGGAGAGCUACCCAGGCAAGUUCCCUGUGAGCGAAGGAAAGGAUUACAGUUCUCUAGCGACGGCCGAGUAUGCGUUUCGCGAGAAGGGAACUACCUCUGCCCGGCCCUUUUCUGAUUACUAG